CCCCGUCCUGGAGGGUGCAGGGAAAACUGCUGCCUUGAUGACCUCCCUGCCACCCCAGGCCUCUGCCCAUGUGUCACUCCCACUGCCGACAGUGGUGACACGAGGUGCGGCGGUGGGGCAGGCGGCUGAGCACUGGCUCCUGUUCCUGCAUAAACACCCGGCAGGGAGGGGACCACAGGCAAAGGCAAACAGUUACUGAUUUACUGCCACGCCAUCCUGCCACAUUGUUGACUGUGGGGUUAAAUUACCUGGAGACGGACCCCGGCAGAGCAGACACCAGCUCGUGACUCAGGCAGGGAUCAUGUCCUAGCCCCAUGCACCCUUGGCCCUUGGGCAAGUUUGCAAGAUGCCCGGAGCUGGGGCUGCCUCUGCCAGCAGCAAGGGCACAUCACCAGGAACAGGGCAGGUUUCAUCCUCCUGCAGGAGGCUGUGGAGGAGAUGGGCACUGGCAGAGUGGGAAAUGCUGAUGUGAGCAGGGCAGCCAUGCCAGGUGGACCCGUUCAAACCAUCCCCAGCUUGACAUUGCCAGGGGCAGUGAAGUGACCUGACCCGCCAGACGUGCCAGGGGAAGGGUUUCCUGGACAGGCCAAAGGGACUGGGGUCACACAGCAUGCCCUGAGCACUGGGAGUGCAUGCCAAUGACCCACUCCCUGAUAGCCACUUGCACAAAUGGUGCUGUCGGAUGGUCCAUCCACAUCCUCGGUGCUGUGGGAGGCUGUGAGGAUGGCAGGGUCCGUGGGACAGGGCUGCAGCCGGGCAGGAGCUCCCCUGGCUGCGGGGAGGUGCAGGGCAGCCCUGCGGCAGGCGCCUGCCCAAGGCACAGGCAGCCUGGAGAAGCAAGAGCUGGAGAACAGGAGCAGGAGCUGGGUGAGCAGCAGCAGAGCUGAGCCACAGCCCUGUCUGCAUUGCUGGUUCCUCGUGGCAUCAGCGACCCAGGCCAGGGGCUCCAUUCGAGCUCAUGUCUGUGGCCAGGGCAGCGCAGGGUGAGUCUGAGCAGGGACGGGUCAUGCCCCAUCCCCGGUGCCCUGGUGCCCGCCUCACUCCCUGCGAGCGGUCCCGCUCCAUCCCCGCGGCCGAUGGUGCCGCAGGGCCCCGGGGGGCUCCGAGUGCGGCCCUGGGGGUCCGGCGUGCGGGGCCGUGGCCGGGGGUGGCUGGCUGGCUGCUGUUCCUGCCGGGCGAGUUCUCAGCAUGGCCGCCCAGUCUCCUCGAGGCUCCCCCUCCCUGGUCGGCAGCCAGCAGCAGCAGAUACCUGAUACUCGGGUUGUGCAAGCGCGAAGGGGGAGCCUGGCCCUGCCCGGCCCUUGGGAGCCACCCGGAAGGCCGAGCCCGCCGGCCCCACCUGGAGAGGAGCUUAAAGGCCGGCCGGGCGGCCAGAGCGCAGCCGGUUCCUGCACCAUGCCCACGGCCCGCAGCGUCCUCAUCUUGGCGGGGUUCCUGGCUCUCUGGGCAGAGCUGCCGGCAGCAUCCGCCCAGAAUGACACCACGAAAGCCGGCGUGUGCCCGAGCCCGGCGAUGGAUGCGGUGAACUGCACAGUUGGGUGCCAGUCCGAUGGCGACUGCGAGAGCACCCUCAAGUGCUGCCCGGCAGCCUGCGGCAAGGCCUGCCAGAAGCCUGACGAGAAGCCUGGCACCUGCCCACCCGUCAACCCGGGCAUCCCCAUGCUGGGCGUCUGCACCAACCAGUGCAAGACCGACGCCAACUGCUCCGGGAUCCAGAAGUGUUGCAGGAACGGCUGCGGCAAGGUCUCCUGUGUGACACCCAUCCACUGAGGUGCAGCCGCCUCCUGCCAGCCCAGCCAUGGGGAAGCUGCUGCCCGAUGCCCAUCCUGAUGCCCUGGCCCUGCACCAUCACCCCCUGUCUUGGAGCCUUCAGCCUCAGUUUUCUCCCUGGGGUUCUCUGCUCGGGGUGAGCCCCCUGCACUCUGCACCAAUAAAGCAGCUUCUCCCUGUCA